UUUAGCAGCUUGUGUCAGGGGCUGGUUGUAGCCCACUGAAACUACUUACAUCUCAGUGUUGUAGCCACCCAAAGCGAAGAGCCGUGGGAGGAAAAAUCGUGUGUGUCGUGUUGAGUGCUACGCCGUGAAGCCGGUUGUUUAAUCCGCGAUCGUUCAGAUUAUAAUGGCAGAUUCUGAUGACGAGUACGAUAGAAAGAGGAGGGACAAAUUCAGGGGCGAAAGAACCGAGUCAUACUCCAGAGAAGGAAGACGUGGCGAUGAUCGUCGCCGAGAUGAGUGGGUUGACAGGGAAUGGUCGAGUCGUCCAAGAGCGAGGCCCGAGUACCGUGAGUAUCGAGGUGGCGGGGGAGGCGGAGGUCGAGAGCGAUACAGCCCAGCUCGAUCCCAGGAAAUGGCUCCCCCGAUGAAGCGAAUGCGGGCUGACUGGGAAGACCGUCCGCGUUACGGGGGCCACGAUUAUUAUGGUGGCGGAACUUCCUGGGGUCCAGAUCAUUACACGCCAGCACACCAUAGCAACCAUCACUACGGCAACCAUUCAAACAACAACAGUCGCGAAGUUGCCGGAAACUUCAGUAAUUCGAAUGUGGAGACACAGCCACCGAUGAUGUCGUUCAAGGCGUUCCUUGGCACGCAAGAAGACUCAAUUACAGAUGAGGAAGCGAUAAAACGCUACAACGAGUACAAACUGGAGUUUAGGCGGCAGCAACUCAACGAAUUCUUUGUCGCUCACAAGGACGAAGAGUGGUUCAAGAUAAAAUACCACCCUGAAGAAUCUGUCAAGAGGAAAGAUGAACAAAUAUCUGCGCUCAAGAAACGUGUCGAAGUGUUUUUGGAAAUGCUUCGGCUAGGCGAAAUCGACAAAGUCUCUGUCGAUGCUGAUCAAGCAGACGCUUUGCUACACCUUUUGGAUGCGGUCGUUAUUAAACUGGAGGGCGGAAACGAAGAAGACCUCAAAGUUCUUGACGCCAAACCGCCUAAUCCUCCCACUCCGAAGGAAACGACUCCUGCACCUAAGGAGAAGGAAGUUAAAGAACAAAAAGUUGACCAAGAGCCGGAAAAAGAGCCAGAAAAAGCGGAAGAUGAUAAUAAAUCUGAGAAACCAGCAGAUGCUGAUAAACAGAAUGAAAACGAUGAGGUGAACGGUGACGCUGAAAUGGAGGAUGAAGAAAAAGAGGAGAAGACAGAUGAGUCGGAGAAAUUGGCUGAGAAUUCUGAGGUCAAGGAAGAUGAGGUUCAAGAGGUUCAAACUCCGGGUGAAAAAGAGGAAAAAUCCGAGGAACCAAACUCCAAGAAGCGAAAACGUUCAGACAGCAAUAGCAGCAGCAGCAGCAGCAGUAGUUCAAGCAGCCUUUCUGACAGCGACAGUAAUAAACCAGACACUCCAAAAACUGAUGCUCAACCGGAAGAAAAAUCUGGGGCCAAAGACGAGGAAGAGAAAAUUGAAAUCAAAGAUGACGAGAAAGCUGAGGAAAGCAAAGACAAAGAAGAGGGCGAGGAGGAAACAAGCAAGGAUGCCAACGAACCUGAAACUGUUAUAGAUUUGGCUAGCGAGGAGAAAGACAGAGAACCAAGAGCACUCCACAAAACUAGUAGCAUAUUUCUCCGGAAUUUAGCACCAACUAUUACCAAAGCUGAAGUCGAGGCGAUGUGCAAACGGUUUCCUGGCUUUCUGCGUGUCGCUAUUGCCGAUCCUCAACCUGAAAGACGCUGGUUCCGCCGAGGAUGGGUGUCUUUCGAGCGGCAAGUCAACAUAAAAGAGAUCUGCUGGAGCCUGAAUAAUAUAAGACUUCGAGACUGUGAACUAGGCGCAAUUGUUAAUCGGGAUCUUUCUCGGCGUAUUCGAACGGUCAACGGACUUACUUCGCACAAACAAAUCGUCAGACAUGACAUAAAACUCAGUGCGAAAAUCGUCCACAACUUAGACAACAGAAUAGGACUUUGGAAUGAGGAUAAAAAAGAUGGCAAUGCUUCGAAAGAGGGUGUCGAUGGCAAGGACAGCAGAACCUCCAACGAAGUAGAACAAGCUGCUUUUGGACUCUCUUCGAAAAAUCCGGUCUUGAAGAAUAUAACGGAUUACUUGAUAGAGGAAGCAUCUGCCGAGGAGGAAGAACUUCUUGGUAUGUCCGGAGACCAAGAAGAAGGACAAGUUGGCGGCGAUGGCGAUGGUCCCAUAGAACGUGACCCGCUACUUAUAAAGGUUCUGGACAGGUUGGUUCUCUACCUGCGUAUAGUGCAUUCUGUGGAUUACUACAACCACUGUGAAUAUCCGAACGAAGACGAGAUGCCGAACAGAUGCGGCAUAAUGCACGUCAGAGGAUCUCCGCCGACCGCCAAAGUAUCCGCGACUGAACUUUCCGAGUAUUGUCGUAAUUUUGAGAGCAAGAUGUCCGUAUUUCUGACACCGAUGGCAACAACUACCUCUGAUGAAUUCGACAAACUUGGCGCUAAAAAUUCCGAAGCUGAGGUGGAAAAAUUCGUGCAAGCGAACACGCAAGAGCUUUCGAAAGACAAAUGGCUUUGUCCUUUAAGCGGGAAAAAAUUCAAGGGGCCGGAUUUCAUCAGAAAGCAUAUUUUCAACAAGCAUGGAGAGAAGGUAGCAGAGGUCAAAGCUGAGGCCGAGUAUUUCAACAAUUAUUUGAAGGAUCCAAAACGUCCUCAGCUCUCUGAACAUCCGGGUAACAAAGCGCCUGUUAGAGAAGGACCUCGUGACGGAUUUUCACCUUACGGUGGCGCAGUUAGAUUUGGGGGUUACGGUGGAGGUUACGGUGGACGUGGCGGCGGUUAUGGUUCUGGAUAUGGCGGAGGCGGUGGAGGAUUUAGCGGUGGAUUCGGAAUGCCGCGUCCCAAUCGUGGAGGAUUCAAUCGAGGACGUGGUGGCGGAAGUGACAUGAGGCCAGUGAUCCACUACAGAGAUCUUGAUGCGCCGAGGGAACCAGAUGAAUUUAUAUAACGAUAAUAACAAUAACAAUAAUAAUAACAAUAAAUAACCGAUCGUGACGAAUUUCAAAGCAACACACAAUGUUUACCUGUUUAGUCAACGGUAUAAUUUUUUUUUAGCACUACAACACCGUCAGAUAUUCUUUGCACUGGUUCUGAACAAGGCUUAUAUAAAAUUUCGACUUUACUAUGAGUAAUGUAUCGGUAUUAUAGAAAUUUUGUUGACGAUAACCGAAGCGUAAAAGAAACGCCAAAGAAUUAACUUCAGUUUAUAAAUAAAUGAAUAUAUGUAUUUCAAUACCUUGCUUUGAAAACUAAAUAUUGUUGAUUAUUUAGAGUGAUGGGUGCACGUGCAAGAUACUGGAUAUAUUUUACAAAGUAAAGUAAAACUAGAAAUUGCACAAACACAAUGAACAAAAAAGUAGUUUCGAUAUUGCUUUGAAUCAGCAGAAAUUUUAUUCUGUAUUUUAAGCUUCCGAUCAGUGACGAAAUACGUACAUAUUAAUUGUAUAAUAAAAGCCUUCUAGUAGAUUUUUUUCUGGGGCUUCAUUUAUUCAUAGUUAUAUAGAGCUCAAGUAGGUAUGGGAAUGACGAAUCACUCACGUGUACAUUUACUGAUCAAAUAUAUUACAUUCGUAAAUGUAUUUUAAUGGUGUACAAUUCUGACAUGCUACUUAUUAUACAUAUAUAUGCUAUGAGAGCUAUAUUGUGAAUAAAUUUUCGUAACGAUCCAAUUAAGUAUUAUUAAUUCAUCCGCGUUAAUUCAUUUAGCGAGAAUCGAAUGUAUCGUACUGGCUCAUGAAAAUUUAGGAGAAAAGAACUGUUGAAAAAUCUAUAGCAAUGUUAUUUGCUCCAAUGAUGGUGAACCUUUUCUCAAAAUGGUUUUAUCUCAGUUUGUGUCAUUCCAAUUUGUUCGAAUUUAUUUCUAAUUAACAUCAUUGAUGCAAAUAACAUUGCUAGAGAUUGUUUUAACAGUUUUUUUUUCUAUUUCUGACCUAGAUUUUCGAAAUUUUCCUGAAUACACAUCAAAUGCAUAAUACUGAUUGUGCAGCUUGUCAUAAGUUUUUUAAGAUCACCACCAUUUCAUUAUUUAUUACGAACCCAUCAGCUGAUUUGAUUUUGAUGACUAAAAACGCUCAUUUCUGGGAACGAGUUAAAUCAUGGUAUCUGCUACCUGAAAAAACUUGGAAGUCCUCGAAUUCUCAGGGAUUCUUUUUUAACUCCUAGAAUAUCCUGAAAUUCUCAGGGAAUUUUGGUGUAAUUUGUUUUUUAAUAAUGAAAAUAACCAUAAACUUAUACACGCUUACGAAUAGGUAUUGACUUUUUUAACGAUCGAAAUAUGAAAAAUUUUAUUCAACGCAUAUUUAUAAAAAAAAAUUUCCUCACACUGAAUAACAUUGUUUUAAAUGUGCCAUGAAUAGAAUAUCAUCUCUCUUAUACUUUUAUAAAAAUUGAUAAAUUGCUUAGGAAAACCUGGAAUCUUCAGGGAAUUUAUGGUCCUGCCUUUAGUAGACAUCCUGUAAAUGGUAGUCAUUAUGAAGAAAUGCUCGAAUUCAUUGUUCAUUCAAUUCACAUACAAAAAUAUAUUUCACAUUUAUAUAUUUAUUUACAAUUUUCCACAAUAACUUAUACGCCAUGAUUUCAAUUUUUUUUUUUUAAACAGCGUAGCGACCGUUCGCAGCUGACAUACUGUUUCUAAUCUUAAAAUCACGUUUUGAUUCAAUUAACCAUAAAAUAAUAUAACAAAAAAAAGUCAGAUCGUGGCAAAGAGAAUUAACCAUCCGAGAAUACUGUCUCCAUAUUUGAAGUAAAUCGGUUGAGUCGUAUUUCAAAUAUUGUAGCCACCAAAAACUGUGUCACAGAGCGGACUGGUUCACGUUUUUGUCCACAACAAUGCUUCCUAUUCGU